AUGGCUCGCCUCAACUGGUGCCUGGCUGCUGUCAUCAGCUGGGGCAAGUUUCUCUUCGCCUGCUUCUUCCCUCUGCGGGGGGCUAAGAAAGACAAGCAUGCAGUGUUGCAACCGCCUGUCUCCUCACACCCCCGGCAGCCUCCUCCCACUAACUCCAGCCCCCCCACUCCUCUGCCGCAGCUCCUUAUCUCUACACCCGCGCUCAAUCCCAGCAAACUCACCCCUGUCGCACUCCCCUCUAUACCGCAUACAUGA